AUGAAGUCCGCGCUUGACCGUGCGCGAGAUAAGCUUACCGAGUAUUAUAGGAAGACUGAUGAUAUCCCUGGUGAUCUCUACACAAUUGCGACCAUCCUAGGGCCACGGAACAAGCUAGAGUUCUUUACAACAUUAGAAUGGGAACCUCACUGGGGGCCACGCUAUAAGAAGUCGCUAGAGGCUUAUAUUCAGCCUUACCGGCAGCGCUACGAAGAGGCACAGUCUACAUCAACUCUCCAGCCUAUUAGUCAAGACGUCUCUGAUAUUGAUAUCCUUCUAAGAUCUACUAUAUCUCUUCAGUCAAAAGCGACGGCUCCAGAUGAGCUUACACGGUAUCUUGGAAGUAAACACCAAAAUAAAUAUCCUAUUCUGGCAAGCCUUGCCCGAGACGUCCUCACAACACCCGCUAGUGGUUCUGGCGUUGAGCGGUUAUUUAACUCUGCCCGUGAUAUCUAUCAUUAUCGUCGGGGCUCAUUAAAACCGCAGACAAUUAAGGAAUUGAUGCUAUUUAUGUGUACAACAAAGUUCGACGUGGAGUCAGAGCAGCUUGCCCUGAUUGAUAAGUAUCUUUCUACACAAGAGAAGCAAGCAAAGAAAGAGCAGAAGGAUGCCCAGAAGAAAGAGGAAGAAUUUAAUCCAAUCAGUGAUGAUAAAGAGGACCUAUCUACUUCUGAAGCUUCUGCCGAAACUAUCCAACGUCUUAGUGCGCGAGCGCGUGGAAAUAGAAGGGCUACAUCAGAUCAGCUAAUUGAACUCGAGGAUAAUAAUGAGGUCCCCCUGCCUGAUAAUAGCCACUUGGAAGAAGAGAGGACUACUCAGAGGCGUUCCUCUAGGCGUGUUCCAAAGCGCUUGAGACAGGAUGAGGAUUUUGUAUAUCUUUAA